AUGCGAAAGACUUCCCUGCAUUCGCGUGCCGCCACCAGAGCAGCAAGGCGCACAAAGGAUGGGUGGCAUCGGGCUUGCGCCGUGUACAUGGUGUGCAGGAGAGGAGGCAUGGUUCAAGGUUGUCUCUUCUGCGAUGUGUAUAUGUAUAUUACCAGCUUGCGCCUCACUGAGGGGCUCAAUGCUUAUUGGGUUUCUUGUUACACUUUUAACCUCGGAGAGCGAUUUCUGUUUUAUUUUCCUCUAUUGAUCAUGCUUACUAUGCGUAUGCUUAUUUUUAUAUUGAUCAUGCUUACUAUGCGUACAACUGUUAUUUCAGUGCUUUUAUUGGAGGGAGUUGGUAUUAUCCAGAUCAUAGUUUUCCUGGAUUGUCUGAGACCAGUGCCUCAAAGCAACGUCGCAGCUAACAAGGUUAUUUGUAUACUAUUCUGCUACCAGUGUUAG